GUUUAGAUUAAACGAUUAAUUAUUAUUUAAUCUAAUAAAAAUAUGUUUUUUUAAUAUAAUAUGAUUAUCCAUCUCUAUUGUUAGUUUUCUAUAUCGUUUUAAUACAAAUUUUUCAUCGAUCAAUGUUUAAUUUGGAAAAUUGUAAAAGAUGAAAGAAAAAUGGAACUUUAUUCUUUAUCUUAUUUGGUUUUCCUAUUUGAUAAUGUCAGCGACAUUAAUGUUUGGACACGGUUUCUUGUUAUCUCGUAAAACCCUUAGUGAUGUAUCUGAAUGUGUCGGACAAGAUUUAAUUAAAUGUGACAAAAAGUCUGGUGCUUCCACAGUUUGUAGUGAAUCCGAAAGAAUUGAGCGUAUAUUGAAUAAUCCUGGGUCACCUUUAAUUUGUCCACUGGUGUCAAGGAGGGUUGUUCUUAUAUUGGUUGAUGCACUUCGUUAUGAUUUCACGGAGUACAAUCCUAAUUUAGAAAACCCUUUACACUAUCAAAACCGACUGCCCGUGAUUUACAAAACUUUAAAAAAAUGGCCAGAAAAAACACGUAUAUUCCGGUUUAUGGCCGAUCCACCAACUACAACUUUUCAGAGAGUAAAAGCCUUAGUGACAGGAUCUUUGCCUACUUUUGUAGAUGCUAGCUCAAAUUUUGCAGCAAUGGAGUUACACGAAGAUAACAUAAUUGAUCAGGUAACCAAAAGUGGUGGUCAUGCUGUAUUAUUAGGAGAUGACACCUGGGCACGCUUGUUGCCUCAGAGGUGGCUAAGAUCUCAUGCCCUAUACUCAUUUCAUACUUGGGACUUGGAUACUGUUGAUACUGAAGUGGAUUCCAAAAUUUAUGAUGAACUGAAAAAUAAUGAUUGGAACAUAUUGUUAGCUCACUACUUGGGUGUAGAUCACGCAGGUCAUAGAUAUGGGCCUAAUCAUGCAGAAAUGGCUCGGAAACUUAAUGAAACAAAUUCAAGACUCGAGAAAAUUAUAGAUGUUUUGCCUUCUGAUGCAAUAAUGUAUGUUAUUGGUGAUCAUGGAAUGACUGAGACAGACACAGGGACAGGCUUAAAAUAA